GCGGUGCUAGGGGGGUCGGUGUCCCGCGAGGCCAUGGCCACAGCGACGGACCAGCUGGUGGGCUUCGGGCUGGUGGCCUUCAGCCUCGCGCUCUUCGCGUACUACACGGUCUGGAUCGUGGCGUUGCCCUUCAUUGAUAGCAAUCACGGGAUUCACAAGUACUUCCUGCCCAGGGAAUAUUCUGUUACCAUUCCUGUGGUUGCAGGGCUCCUGCUGCUGCUGUUCAUAGGGACUUUCAUAGUGAUUGUGAUGUGGAAGAACAGGAAACCUGCCAAGAAAUUGAACUGAAGACAGCGGGCCAGGGAAUGGGUGCAGGUUCCUACCUGCAGUGUCUUGAUGGGGCCAAUACUUUGACCUGCAGUAACAGGUGGCCAUUUCCUCCCGCAACCAAAGACUCCUUUGUGUUAUAGCCUGGAUACUGGGCCUCACCAUGCUCUUAGCACUUCCUACCCUGCAGAGCACAUCCAGCCACUUGAUCAAACAGAAGAGAAACUGACUGGAUAUCAUACACAUCCAGACAGGGACCAGAGCCUCAGCUUUAGUGAAACUGCCUCAGCUAGGGCUGACCAGGACAGACUGACAGCUCAGGGCUCUGCAGUUGGGGAGCUUUGUGCAGCCUCCACUUGCCCUGUGUUAAGGGGAGAAGGCAACAGUAGUGAGCAGAGCAAAUAGCUGGCUGCCUGGCUCCAUUGGAUCUUUGCCUCUGGCAACACCUCUUGCUCUGUUGCUCUAUUUUUUCUCCUUCAAGUGUUUUAGAGUUUACAGAUUGGAUCCAUUACGUGAAAAACCAAGAGAUUGUGGACCAAGGUUGGUGGCUAGGGGCGGAUCCCUUCUUACUUGCCUGUAGGGGGUGCAACACACCUUGUUUUGUGCUAAUGGUAGUCAUAGCACUGGGAGAGUUGCACGGAGCUCACCCAGGCUCUCUGGCUGUAUCUUAGGGCGCAGGUAGCACUUCCAUGAUCCCUCACAUGUUGGCAAGAAGCCACAGCUCCUCCAGCCCCCUUAUUGGUCAGAAGGCAGGGGAGGUAGUGGAAAGCUGAGGCCCCAUCCUGGCAUGUAAAAGGAUUACCCUUGUCCUCAGUGCUGUACUCUUAAGCCUGGUGUCUGCAUUGGAGAGGGGUGGGGAAGCAAAUCAUGGGCGCUCCUGGACUGGGAACCAGAAGGAAGGAGCUUGAAUAAUGGGCUGACGGACAUGGUAUGAACUGCAACAAGAUGGUGCAGGCUCUGUUGUGUGCCAGCCAGCUAUGUGUGUGCCUGGUAGGUGGUGGGGAAAAAAGGGUGCCUCUGCCUGCUUCUUCUGUGCUAGGCAUUUCUCAGGCAACAGGGCUUUUGCUCCUUAGCACCCGGAUGCCUGUUUCCAGCAGCUCCAGUAGAAUGGGAAGCAACAGCAUCUCCCUCAAUAAAGUGUUUGGAGGGUC